AUUUUUUUGAAAUGUUAUAAUGAAUAUAUACAGUUAUACAGUUUAUGCGACAUUAGUUGUUGUUGUUGUUUUUUUUUUUAAAUUAACGAUAACGGGGUCACAUAGGAAUUGAGUAAAAUAUACCUUAGACUCAUUUUACUAAGAGUGAUAUAAAUCAAAUAGGGAUUCUAUUCAAGUAAAGACUUUCACCUAAAAUAUCGAAAAUAUUUAAAGUAUUUAAUUGAAGAAAGGGGUAGUUUCUUUUAAAGUCGGUUAGUUAGUGGUAUUGGCUAUAUAAAAAGGCCUACAAGUAUAUAUUUCUUUUUUAUAGUUUGAUCAUUUCUUAUUGGUUAAGAAGCUUAAAAAAAAAAAGAAUAUAUAUUAUUUCUAUCACUCCAUUUUACUCUUUACUAAGUGGGGUUUGAUUGAAUAUACCCCUUUUAUCCUAUCACUUUCUACAAUACCCUUAUUCGAAUGAAUUAAUUGACUAUUUUGAAUAGAUUUUUCUCAUUGUACAACUAUUUAUUGUCUCUCAAUUCUUGGAUGGAAGGGAGUCUAAUCGUUUCGAAGGAUGCUUUCUACAAUCUUAAGCAGCUAAUUAAAAUAACGGAUAACGUUCAAAAUAUAAAAGAUGAAAAAGCUCAGCAGGAAAUGUGCAAAGCUUUAUCGGAUAUGAUGGAAAGAACUGAAGAUGAAAAAGUUUUUUAUAAAUGUGCAAACGUUUUUGUUCAAUUAGUUAAAAGCCAUCCGAGAAUUGUUGAAAACUAUUUCAAGGUUAUCGCUGAAACUACUAUAAAAUGGUCGAAAAAUAUUAAAUCAAAGAGUAAAAUCGUACAAAAAGCCAAUGAAUUGUUAAGGUGUUUGUCACCAAUAUGGAUAAAAAAUCUAGAUUAUAGCCUAAAUAUAUUAAAUAUAUUAAUAAAAGAACUAAAAGACUUGGAAAAGAUAUAUAAUAGCUCUGGAAAAUCAGGAAAGACUGAAAAACAAAUUGAAUAUAGGGAGGAAAUGAUUUGUGCUUUUUGCAUCUAUGGUAUUUUACUAGAUUGUAUAGGCCGAAUAAUUACAGAUUUCGAAUUAAAUAACCUAAUUUUACCUGAUAAUAUAAUGAAUGCUUUAACUGGAUCUGCAAUACCCGAUCCUGUUUACAAACAACACGAGGAAAAUAUCGAGAAAACCUGCAUAAAUGAAGAAGAAAUAGGCACGGGAAAUAUUUCUAAAGGUGAUAAAAAUGCCGAUAGUACUCGCAGUGAAAGAGACGAUUCUAAAUCUAGUGUUGUGACUCGAGAAGAGGUUUACUUUUUUAAAAUUAUUUCUCCGGACGGUGAAAAAAUAUCGCACGUUUGAUGAUUAUUCAAAGUUUUUAAACUCUUCAUGCUAUGCUCAAAGAAUUACUUGGGGAUAUGUUUAUUAUGAUGUAAGAUUCAUAAGUAAAUCUAUUACACUAUUUAUUAACUGACAUUUUAUUGAAUUUUUUGAGUUUAUUACGUA